GUGGCCGCCGCCGCCGGCCGCGGCUCGCCUCCGCGGGCGCGGAAAUUUGUUGCACUUCUUGGGGCUUUGUUUGUUUGUUUUGCCUCUGAUUUUUUUUUUUCGUUAUUUUGGACAAAAUGUCGGUCCGUGAUGUAAAAAUUGAGCGAGGAACCUUGAUGGCAUUGGGAGCUUUGCAGAAGUUUUCCAAGAAAUAACUUCACCAAGAUGUCCAGUGAUAGGCAAAGGUCCGAUGAUGAGAGCCCCAGCACCAGCAGUGGUAGUUCAGAUGCCGACCAACGAGACCCAGCCGCUCCAGAGCCUGAAGAACAGGAAGAAAGAAAACCUUCUGCCACCCAGCAGAAGAAAAACACCAAACUCUCUAGCAAAACCACUGCUAAGUUAUCCACUAGUGCUAAAAGAAUUCAGAAGGAGCUAGCUGAAAUAACUCUUGAUCCUCCUCCUAACUGCAGUGCUGGGCCUAAAGGAGAUAACAUUUAUGAAUGGAGAUCGACUAUACUUGGUCCACCAGGUUCUGUAUAUGAAGGUGGUGUGUUUUUUCUGGAUAUCACUUUUUCAUCUGAUUAUCCAUUUAAGCCACCAAAGGUUACUUUCCGUACCAGAAUCUAUCACUGCAACAUCAACAGUCAGGGAGUCAUCUGUCUGGACAUCCUUAAAGACAACUGGAGUCCUGCUUUGACUAUUUCAAAGGUUUUGCUGUCGAUUUGUUCUCUUUUGACAGAUUGCAACCCUGCGGAUCCUCUGGUUGGAAGCAUAGCCACUCAGUAUUUGACCAACAGAGCAGAACAUGACAGGAUAGCCAGACAGUGGACCAAGAGAUACGCCACAUAAUUCACAGAAUUUGUAUGCGGUGUGAAGGAGCAGAAGGCCCCUUCCCACUGUGCUGCAAAUCUUUAUAGCCUUUACAAUACGGACUUCUGUGUAUAUGUUAUACUGAUUCUACUCUCUGCUUUUAUCCUUUGGAGACUGGGAGACUCCCCAAAAAGGUAAAUGCUAUCAAGAGUAGAACUUUGUAGCUGUAGAUUAGUUAUGUUUAAAACGCCUACUUGCAAGUCUUGCUUCUUUGGGAUAUCAAAAUGUAUUUUGUGAUGUACUAAGGAUACUGGUCCUGAAGUCUACCAAAUAUUAUAGUGCAUUUUAGCCUAAUUCAUUAUCUGUAUGAAGUUAUAAAAGUAGCUGUAGAUGACUAGGAAUUAUGUCAUUUGUAUUAAACCCAGAUCUAUUUCUGAGUAUGUGGUUCAUGCUGUUGUGAAAAAUGUUUUACCUUUUACCUUUGUCAGUUUGUAAUGAGAGGAUUUCCUUUUACCCUUUGUAGCUCAGAGAGCACCUGAUGUAUCAUCUCAAACACAAUAAACAUGCUCCUGAAGCCAUA